AUGUAUUGCCAAAAGUGUCGCACACCGCUCAAGCUGGACAGUUCCCUUGAGGAGUUGAAUCCAGCCGCGUACGAUCUCCUCGUCGGUCAGCAUAAACCUUCCCCUCUCCCCCGGCCCGGCGCACGCGCAAGCCAGCUGACGAACGUAGCCUCUUCCUCACAACAGUCUCCCAAAAAGACGGCCUCUGCGCGACCAUACCAUCCCCAGGACGGGCAACGAAAAGUCCUCUACGACAGAGUAUCUCAGAAUGCAGCAUCUGCGACCUUCAAACGCCAUGGCAGCGGCCCAUCGAGCUCGGCGCAACGAGACUCUACCAUGUCCUUCAUCUACCUCACCGAAUCACAAGUCGCCCAGCCCGUCCUCUCCCGACCUGACCCCCCUAUGGCGACUACUGGAUCACCGCGAGGUGGAAAGAGCGGCCCGAAAGGUCAGGAUGAGCAACGCGGCGGCAGCAAAGCACACGAGAUGGAGCGCAUCAGCAAGCUAUUUGAAAUUCUUUCCGCGCGAUCCGAUAUCGAUCAUCCCAUAUGCGUCGAAUGCACCGAAAUGCUGGUGGAGGGCCUACAAAAGAAGCUCGAGGUCGCGGCGAGAGAACGCGAUGCCUACGUCGGAUUCCUGAAACAAGUGCAAGGCGACGAACCCAGCGAGGAGGACGUCAAAGCACAGGACGAGGCUUUGAGCAAGGCAAAAGAGGCCGAGGCCGAGGCGAUGGCCGAGCUUCUGCGUCUGGAGAAAGAGAAGGCGGCUGUGGAUGCCGAAAUCGUCGCUUUGGAAGAGGAGUCUCAGCAACUCGACCGCGAAGAAGAGCAGUUUUGGCGUGAACGCAACGCCUUCGCCACGAAACUUGCCGACUUCCAGAACGAGCGCGACAGCACAAACUCCAAGUUUGACAACGACGCCCAGCUCCUCGAGAAGUUGCAACGCUCCAACGUCUACAACGACACCUUCUGCAUAAGCCAUGACGGCACUUUUGCCACCAUCAACGGGUUGAGACUGGGCCGGUUGUCCAGCAAACCAGUCGACUGGCCCGAGAUCAACGCGGCAUGGGGACAUGCGCUUCUCCUGCUCGUCACCGUGGCCGAUAAGCUGGGCUACAAGUUCGACGGGUUCGAGCCCCAGCCCAUGGGAAGCACUUCAAAGAUUGUUCGAUACGAACUACCUUCACCGACUGCUAGUCGUCUUGGUUCACACCGGAGCGCACCGCCGCCGGCUCCGAAGAAGCACGUCCUCGAGCUUUUCUCCAACGGGGACUUGCCCCUCGGCCUGACUUUCAUGCACCGCAAGUUCGACAACGCCAUGGUGGCAUUCCUCGAGCUAGUGCGGCAGCUUGGCGCUUUCGUGCAUCGGCAGACGGCAGCAGAUGGUCAUCCUCUCAGCCUUCCGUACAAGAUUGAAGGCGACAAGAUCAUGGAUGUGAGUAUCAAGUUAGGCAUUGCUCAGGACGACGGCUGGACGAAGGCAUGUAAGCUUACUCUGACAUGUUGCAAAUUCCUGCUUGCGCAUGCCAGUAACGUCAACACGACUGCGAGGGCUGUUAAUAACCAGUAA